AUGGGUAAUGAAUUGAAAACAUCAGUUUUUGAUAAGAAAGUUCGAUUUCUUGGUGCUGGAGUUACCGGGAAAGUCGACUUAUUCAAGGGGAAGUCAUUGUAUGCUGUAAAAGCUUAUGAUUGUAAAGAAAAAUAUGAGUCUUCGGAAGAAUACAAGCAAAGAGUUUCUCAUGAGUAUGAGGUAUUGAACAAAUUGGAUCAUUUCAACGUCAUUAAAGUUUAUAAAUUCACAAGUUCCAAAUUCAAUUCCAAGGUCAGUCUUUAUAUGGAGUAUGGUGGCUCAACUGUUACAGAGAUGUUGAAAAAAACUGAAACUUCAGAAAUUCUUUGCAUGUAUAAACAGAUCAUUAACGGAGUUCAUUAUUUACAUGAUAAUAAUGUAUGUCAUAGAGAUUUGAAGUUCGAUAAUGUGCUUAUGAAUGAGGAAGGGUACAUAAAACUUAUUGAUUUCUUUGAUAGUUCAACUAAACCUGAAAGUUAUGGUAUCGUUGGAACUGACCGAUUUGUUGCACCUGAGGUCUUUAGUAAAAUCAAGUAUAAUGGACUAAUACUGGAUAUUUGGUCUUUAGGAAUAAUGCUCUAUUAUAUUCAUUUCAAAAAAUAUCCUUGGAAACUCGCUCAAUUAGAUAAUCAUGGAUAUAAAGACUUUUUAGAUCAUGGACUAGAUUUAAAUGGGGUUCCUUCCGGAGUGAAGACAUGCUUGCAAAAUAUGAUUACCACCGAUGAUAAAAGAUGGAAUAUUGAUAAACUUAUAGAAAACGAAUGGAUUGACCAACUACAUAGCUGCAAAUUGGGGAUUCCUUGUGGAUAUGACCAUAGUAGACUAUUCAAGUAA